AUGCAACACAAUCCUGACUUCAAGGGCGAGCUUCGCGAGCCUUCGGAGACGGACGCCAACAUCGAAAAGGUUGAGACAGGCGGUCUAGCACCAUGGUCAACACAUAUCCUUGGUGAUGCCGCCAACCUCUCUCCUGAGCAUCGCGACUACCUUCUGGAACGACAUGGCACAUUAGAGCUGGACCCUAUGCCUGGCUUUGGUGACGCUGAUCCCUUGAACUGGAAGACAUGGAAGAAAACGAUGAACCUGUUGCUGGUCGCGUUUCAUGCAAUGAUGAGCACAUUCACGGCGGCAGCAAUCAUCCCAGCUUAUUUCAACAUUCACGAAGACUUGGGCUGCAGUAUCCAAAGAGCCUCGUACCUAACAUCUCUACAAAUCGCUAUCCUUGGAGGAGCCCCACUAUUCUGGAGACCUCUCUCUGUCAGAUACGGACGUCGCCCAAUCUGGUUGAUCUCUACGAUUUGCAGUCUUGUUUGCAACAUUGGAUGCGCCUACAGUCACAGCUAUGCCAGCAUGGCCGCAUGUAGAGCCUUGGUCGCUUUCUUCAUCAGUCCCGCUGGAGCUAUUGGAAGCGGUGUCGUCAGUGAGACCUUCUUCAAGAGAGAGCGCGGAAAGUACAUGGGCAUUUGGACUCUGAUGGUUACUCUUGGUGUCCCACUGGCAGGCUUCACUAUGGGUUUCGUCGCCAACAACGUUGGCUACCGCUGGAUCUACUACAUCCUCGCCAUAAUCAACGGCGUCCAAUUCAUCAUGUAUAUCUUCUUCGGUCCUGAGACAAGAUACUUGCGCCAAGGUGUCGAGCACCGCGGUUCUGACCUCAAGCAAGAAUACUGGGGCUUCAGACGCAUUGACCCUACACCCCUCAGAGCAUGGGACUUUAUCCAACCGCUGACCAUGGGCCGUCACGCCACAGUCAUGAUCCCUGCUGCUGCAUACUCGAUGGUCUUCUUGCUUACUUCCAUUCUCGUCACCGUCGAGAUUCCCCAGCUCUUCCAGGAGAAGUAUGACUUCAACGCCCAGCAAAUCGGAUACCAAUUUGCUAGCAUUGUUAUUGGCGCUGUCAUCGGCGAGCAACUCGGAGGUGUUCUGUCCGAUUCCUGGAUGAAGCGCAAGGCCCGCAAGAUGUCUGCUGGCCACCGUCCUUUGCCCGAAUACCGUCUCUGGCUCAGCUACUCCGGUUUCCUCCUCGGUAUUGUCGGCUACAUCGUCUUCCUCAUCCAAACCGAGGACACUGCAAAGUGGAACGUUACACCACUCAUCGGUGCCGCCAUUGCUGCCGUUGGAAACCAGAUCGUCACCACCGUGCUCAUCACCUAUGCCGUUGACUGUCAUCAAGAAGAAGCGGCCAGUAUCGGUGUCUUCAUCACCUUUGUCCGCCAGAUCUGGGGCUUCAUCGGUCCCUUCUGGUUCCCGCAGAUGUUUGAGGGUAUCGGACUCAAGGCCAGUGCUGGUGUUGGUACUGCUUUGAUGAUUGGUGUCAGUGUGAUUCCCACCAUCUGGUUGCAAUGGAGAGGCCGCUCGAGAAGAACCAUUGACGAGUAG